AUGGCUGCAUGCAAAGCAUUUGCAACCCCCAUAGCCCUUGGUGAAAAACUAACCAAGGAAGAUGCUAGUCCCAAGGUUGAUGCAACUCAGUAUAGGAGUUUGGUUGGUAGCCUCAUGUACCUCACAACAAGUAGGCCUGAUAUUAUGUAUACUAUGAGCCUCGUCUCUCGGUUCAUGCAUGAUCCACAUGAGUCACAUUGGCAGGCUGCUAAAAUAAUUUUGAGGUAUGUGAGUGGUACACAGAAUUUUGGGAUUCGGUAUUCUCCCACUGACAAGUUUGAACUAGUUGGUUACACAGAUUCAGAUUGGGCUGGUUCAGUGGAUGAUAGGAAAUCUACAGUUGGUUAUGUUUUUUCAUUUGGUUCUGGAGUUGUAUCCUGUACUAGUAAGAAACAGGCAACAGUGGCUCUUUCUUCAGUAGAAGUGGAAUACAUGGCAGCUUCAUCGGCAAGUUCUCAAGUGUCCUUCAGCAGAAUAUCUGUUUUGUGA